CGCUUUCGCAGCGAGCCUAGCAGGAGAAGAGGAACCCUCCUGCGCCGGCGGCUGGUUGCGUGCGAGGCCCUUUUCUCCUCGUCCUCCUAAUCCUUCCUCCUUCCUUCUCUCCUUCCUUCCUUCCUUCCCCACGUGCAGGCGGCGGGCGGGACGGCGCCAUGGCCGGGCUGGAGCUCCUCUACCACUCGGUCUCCCCGGACAUCUCCAGCCCGCAGGACGCCUUGAUCUGCUACCUGCACUGGAAGCUCAUCACGCAAGGCUUCCGCUGCCUCGGUGCCGGCGACCAGCCAGGGGCCGACGAGAGGAAGUCUGAGAUGCUGCCUGCCGGGUGGAACGCAGACAGCGACCUGUUCACCCUCCGUUACAGGAUGAAGGACGACUCCCGCGACCUCCUGCUGAAGGGGAUCAUGAUGGACGGCAGCAUCAUCCUCAAUGCCAUGGAUCCCAAGUCACAGAAAGUGUCAGCUUUGACCUUGAAAGUGUCCGAUUUCGUCGACCCGGAACACCUGGCUGAUUUUGACAAAGUGUUCCAGAACACUGAGGAGCUGCAGGCGCAGGUCGCGGCCCACAUCGUCUCUCCCUUCGAGGCGGCCAAAGAGAGGAGCGUGGCCAAGGAGGAGCCCAGGCGUGAGCGGAACCCGUCUCCUCCCAACCCUCCCGACCAUGACCCGCUGUGGAUUCCACCUCGGCACCCCCACGGCAGCCGGCAGCCCAACUGGCCAGACCCCAUGGGGCCCUUUGCGGUUGGAGGAGAAGAUCUGAACCCCUUUGGGAGCCGGAGCGGUGGGAUGAUUAUGGAUCCGCUUCGUUCAGGGUUUCCAAAUCCCAUUAUCGACCCGUCUUCAGGACUCCCCAACAGGCUCCCUCGGGGAUCUGUGCCUCCCGGUGCCAGGUUUGACCCCUUUGGACCCCCUGGGGCAAACCGGAGUGGGCCAGACCCCGACCACCUGCCACCCCCCAACUACGACGACAUGUUCAUGUGAGGAAUGCCGAGGACCUGCUCCCCUCGGGUUGAUCGGCGCUCAACUCUGACCCCCAAGCAUUUGGGGCAUGUGCUUCCGUCUGCAAGGAGGCCGCCACCCUGUCUCCUGCUUUGAUUUCCCACCACAUAAACCGGAAGAGGAAGGCCUGUGCAUAGAAAUGUGUAUAUAUGUAUAUUUUCCCCCCUCCAUCUUCUCCUGCUGCCCCAAACUCUUUAGGGUGACUUCGCCGUCACCUUGAAACGGCGAGCGCCCGUGAAGCAGGGCGGCCGUGCUCUUAGCAUCUGCUGGGGUGUUGGUUUUCAAAGGAUGUGACGGGGUCAGGGAGGAAUUGUCCCGUUCCAAAAGAUUGGUGUGCCCAGCAACCCAGCUGACCGCUGAUGCUUUCUGACGCCAAGCAUAGCAGGGGCAGGUGGGGAAGAGUUGGACCAAUCUGGAGCCCGGCCUCCAAAAUGCCUCCGCCCUCCCCAGCUUGUCACUCAAAACAGUUUCCAACUUAAAACCCCUUUCUUCCUUGAAAGGCCAUUCCCACGCCCCCAUUUUCCUAGCUUCUGAUGAAACCCAACUGGCUACCCGGCAAGUCAACACCCAAAAAAGCUUCUCUUCCCAGGUGGCACACUUGAGUUGGCACAGAGCAGGCUGGGAAGAAGCUGAAAUGGCAGCAGGGUGAUUGGGUGUUUUAGUGGCAGGCAAAUUGACUUGGCUCCUUGGCCUGGGCAGAGCCAUUUAUCGGCACCGUUUAGGGGCCCCAGGGCUUGCCGAAUGCCGACAGCUGCCUGCACCCCUGUCUUGUGAUGAUGUGUUUUGCUUUAGAGGGUAAUCUCUUGCAUGCUGGCUUCGUGACAGCCUUCCCAAAGUGGAAUUCCCUCCAGAAGUCUAGGACCACAGUCCCCAUCAGUCUCAGCUUGGGGGGGGGCAGACAGCUGGGUCCCCAGAACUGCCUCUAAAAGCACAGUAACUUUUUGGUUCCCCUUCUCCAGUUGCCACACACACACACACAACGUCCCCAGCAAAGUAGGCCCAGAUCGACCUAUUUGUGUUGCAUGCAAGGGCGUGGCCUUCCUUUGCGGGCUCUGUGCCUUUUGAACUGCAGGCUGGCAGCAGAAAUUCAACAGGUGAGGGUUUUUUUCCUUUUAUAGGCAUAAGCUAAGGAACAGCAUCCCUCUCCUCGCUCGGCUGCUGUUAAGGGAACAGAUCCAUUAAAACACACACACACAAACAAUAUUGGAUAGCGUACAUGCAAAAAAAGGUGAAUUGUAUCCAUCUGCCUCUCUUCCUCUUGUGGACUUGGAUCCUGUUCCCCUUAAGUACAAAAGAGCUUUUUAUUCCCGCUGCCUGGCAGCUGUUUUGACUUCUCUGGGGAGUAGGGCUUGAAGUGGAGGCAAUCAUCUUCUACCCUCUCCCUUCAGGGUAGCGAACCGGCUGGCCUACACCGCACGGCUGUGUGGAAAAGGCUUGCCCCCCUCUCUCUCGCUCUUUAGCCAGAAAUGGCGUUCUCUGCCUUAUCUUCCAGGCACUGCCAGACAGCGUUUCUCGUGGAAGGGGAGCCUGUGGCCCUCCGGUCAUCUGAGUCCCAACUCCCAUCAGCCACAAGCUUCGGCCAUGCUACCUGCAAGGGCUGAUGGGAGUUAGGAGUCCGGCAGCAACUGUAGGGCACCCACUUCUCUGACUCUGAUGUGGCUCUGCCCAAGAACAGGUUCCCACAAUCGUUUUUCAACACGGUGGUCACAGUGGCCUUCCAGUUAGCUUUUUGUGUGAGAGAGGACAGUUUUCUUCCUCUGGUUGGCGAGUUUCCAUCACUCCGCCCCAUCUAUCCCUGCAAAGAGGAGGCACUGCUGCGAUUUUUCGGGCGGGGAGGGUCAGCUGAUAUUAUCAGAGAGUUGUUUUUUCCUGCAAGGCUUGCAGCCGCCACAAGAUGGCUUUUUAAAAAAUUGAAAUUGCGUGAUUCUCUGGUGCAAGUUGCUUCGCUUGCUCUUCACCACGUCACUGGGAGGUCUUGGGAACUGCCUGCCACCAGAGAUGGCAAAAUUUCUGCUUGAAGCAGUUACCAUACCAGGCGGGGGGGCUGCUUGGGUGGACUGGCAGCACUUGAGUUCUGAAAGCCAUCUAUGCUCUUAAUAAGCACAGGGAGUAAACCGGGAACGUUCGUUUCCACUUGGAGCGUUUCAGUGGCUUUGAGAUUUCCAAACUGCCGCAUUAAUGAUCCCUGCUCCACAGGGAUGUUGUCUCUACAGACGGGCUGUGGCUUCGAUUAUAAUAAGGACUGUGUGUGUGUUGUCAUAGGGGUGACCUGAGUAGGUGUGUUGCAAGUUAACCCCUUUAAAGUAAUAAUAAAAGUUCAUGUUCUUUCA